AAUGAAGACAUACAGCCCACACACUACAAAGGAAUUACUGAUGCGUUGGUACAGAUCAUGCAGCGGGAAGGAGUGGGUGCGUUAUGGAACGGGACGUUUCCCUCCCUGCUGCUGGUGCUCAAUCCAGCCGUGCAGUUCAUGAUCUACGAGGGUCUGAAGAGGCAGCUCAUGAGGGGCGUCCACAGAGAGCUCUCCUCAGUGGAGGUGUUUCUUAUUGGAGCCAUUGCCAAGGCCGUUGCAAGCACCAUAACCUACCCUCUACAGACAGUUCAAUCCGUUCUACGGUUUGGACAGCAUGGUCAGCCCGCAGAUCAGUCCAAACUCCUGAACAGCCUGAGAGCUGUCAUGUAUCUGCUAAUCAAUAGAGUCGGAAAGUGGGGUGUGCUGGGAUUGUUUAAAGGCCUGGAGGCGAAGCUGCUUCAGACGGUCCUCACUGCCGCACUGAUGUUCUUGCUGUACGAGAAGAUCGCCAACACCACCUUCAGGGUCAUGGGCCUCAGACGCACAAUGACGGCCUGCUGACCUCUCACAGGAGGUUUAUUAGCUCACCGAUGCCAUAGGAACUGAGUAUACCUGUGUUAUGAAAAACAGUCAAUUGAAAAGAUUUUUUUUAUUUAUUUUAUUUUUUUAUAAAUGAUCAAAAUGGACAGGAACACUCAAAAGUUUAGACACACUUGACUCAGUUUAUGU